AUGUCAUUUUCUAGACAGUCAGAAGUUGAACAUUGGGAGCGGAAAUUAUAUGACUAUAGAGAAAGUCAUUUUGAGCUAUCUGCCAGAGUGCACAUCUCUCACCUCGUCUUCGAGAGUGGGUUCAGAAGACGGAUGGACGGCCGGCAGAAUAUCCGUCGAUUGACACAAAUGAUGAAGAUGCAAGGCUGUCAACGCCUGAUGAGAGACAACCACGUGCCGGUGAUAGUCCCCAGGGCUCAUUGGCAAGUUCGCGUGCGGCCCCGAUCUGGCGGUGGAAUCAUUCCUAGCUUGGACAUGGAGCUGGACUAUAGGUUGUGCGCAUACGACCACGAGAACCUCAUAACAGCUGCAAGGAAUUUCCUUGGCCACGACAAUCAGUGGUGGAUCGUAGAUGUAUAUCUAACAGAUAAUGAGGAAGGUGCGUUUGCUCAGUUUCAGCUCUCAGAGAUCCUCGUUGAUAAGUUUAUAGUGUCGCCAGACGACCACAGAAAUGAAGCGGAGUCUGUGCGUCACAAGUUCAUCCAAUCGCUGAAGGAGCGAUAUCCAAACGACAAUCGCCCACCUGAUGGCCUGAUCUACGAGCGGAUCAAUCGAUACGAGGGCUACCUUGAUACACCCAGGGAUCUGCUCGCUGCGAAUAACUGGUGGGCUGUACUGGAGGCCCUCGCGGGAAGCAAGAAAGGAAAAUAUUUGAAGCAAUUUUUCAAACACGAGACCUUACACCAAAAGCUAAAUUCUUUGCUCGUUAUUCCGGGUCUCUGGGGAGGUAUGCGGAUUGGGCUACUUCAUAAACUGACAGCCAUGCAUUGCGACGAGCCAGUAGCAUGCUACUGGGAAUUGAUCUUCACCACUUUUUCGAGACUGGUUGGAGGAAGGGAAGAGCUUUUAUUGCUGAUUGACGGGGUUACGGUCGGGUUGCUUCAAUCUCGCGUCCCUAAAAUCUCCAGUAAAGAUUUGCAAUCCUUGCAGGUCGAGUUGGAGGAGGGCCGGCUUUUUCCGAACUUCUCGGAAGAGGCUCGGCAGGACAUAUGGGCGCGUUUGAAAGCGAUCGAUUAUCCAAUUCCAACCUUGAAAACAUUUUUCAAAGAUCGGCUCUAUCUUGAGGUGGCUCAAGGUGUCAUGAAGAGACUGUUCGUCCAGCCGCGAAGGGAAAAGAUUACCAUUGACCAGGGUGUGUAUGGGAAGUAUGACACUCCGGUCCCUGUCUCGAUGGCGCUGAGACAGGAAUGGCUGGGAUCCGACCUGCUCGAAUUUUGGCGCUUCAGCUUCCAGUACGGAUUUGAAAUGACCGAUCACCAACGCCUUAAAUGGCCGACAGACGCUGAUCCCGAGGAUAUGCUUGAUCGACGAAGCUCCGGAUCGUCUUUCCCCCCCAAACAGGAAAUAUGGCGCCAUUUCUUUACACUGGUGAGAGCGAGAGGUUUCCAAGCACCCGUCACAGACGACACGUCAUUUGCAACAGGGGAGCUACCUUCCCAUAGAGUGUGCGAAUACCCAGAAGACUUAGCCGAAGAAAUAGAAGUUGCGAAAAGAUGUGGAAAGCCGUACUCGAAUACUGUCAAGGCAGAUCGAUUCGCUUUGUCCACAGAGUCGCUGCGGCAAAGUCAAGCCUCAGUUCGAGUGACGGCGGGGUUUCUCCGACAGUCUGUUUUUAAGGCGUUCUUUGGCUAUCUGUGGAAUAGCAAUAGUCAAAUGGCCGGUGGUGAUCCUCCUGACGACAACAUUGAUGUUCAACAUCGCGACGAAAGGCCGACUACAGCAAAUGUUGGUCGGGCCAUGAUGGCCACAGACGGCAUGGACGUGGAUCCUGGGAGUCUCAGGCCAAACCCUCUCGUCACCUCAGCAGCCCGGACUCAUAAUGCCGCGGCUACUGCUUCACCAGCUGACAUACUGCCGCCGUUCGGUGUCAUGACCAUCACAGUUGGAGGAACUACACGAAUAUUAGACCUACCAAUCCACGACUCAUUUAUGAAAGUCUUUUCGACUUGCCUAUUCAACAACAACUUCAACGUCCAGACCGAUGAGAGGGAAAAGCGAUCCAUUUCCCCAUAUACGUGCUACUCUCAUUAUCUGCACAAUCCGUCGUCGGUGCUACACGCCGAAUUUAAACAAAAUGAGCAUACUACCUACGCCAUUGCACCCUCGCAAAUCGGCGCGGGGAGCAAGAGAAGGAUGCUUGAUGAAGACGAGCAGAUGGCUAGAGCGGAAAUAUGGUUACAGGAGCAAAUUGCGUUGCUUUCGGAUCGGCGUAACGGCGACGAAGACCUUUGA